AUGACCAAUCCGGCAUCGCAGUCGCAGCGGGAAGCGUCAGAGCAGCAGCAGCGCGUGCCGCUGCGCGCGAUGGUGCACGAAUGCAUGCAGCGGUGGUUCCGGCAGACGCAAUCCGAGGCGGAGAGCGGCGUGGCUCCCAUGCAGACGCUCCUUGCGCAGAUGUACCUCUCGGGCUAUGGCGUCAAGGCGGACGCAGCCAAGGGGAAGGAGUGGCUGAAAAAGGCAGCAGAGAGGGACGGACAGGCUAGAAUAAUGUUGCGAUCAAUAAACGCCAAGUCAGGCAACACUGCUGUCUUUGAUGACGACUUCUGA